GCGGGGGAUGGAUCUGUACCAGAACAUGGCGGUAGUGGAGAACGAUGUCCGGGGUUGGCAUGGCAUUAAGAAAGACCCUGAACCACCGGUGCCAGGUAUCGGGGCGCUUCGGGGGGGGCCCCAACACGCAGGUGCUCGGGAACUUGCCAAUUUAUAUUCACCAGGGAAAAGGUUCCAGGAAUGGGUCAGCGUUGUCCUCUGCUUCUCUCUCAUGGCCUUCAACUUCUUCCACCUCCUUGCCAACUUCCAUCUGAGUCACCUGUGGUACAUUCUGAUUGCCGUAGUUACAGGAAUCCUGACGGCGGAUUUCGCCUCUGGGUUAGUCCAUUGGGGGGCCGACUCCUGGGGGUCGGUGGACCUGCCCAUUGUUGGAAAGGCCUUCAUCCGACCCUUCCGGGAGCACCACAUCGACCCCACUGCCAUCACCCGGCAUGACUUCAUUGAGACCAAUGGGGACAACUGCAUGCUGACCCUGGUGCCUCUGGCGAACAUGGCCUUCAGCUUCCUCACCCUGUCCCCUGCGGAGCUGUAUUCCAAGUACCCAUGGGACUGCUAUGUGCUCGCCCUGGCUAUCUUCGUCACCCUCACUAACCAGAUCCACAAGUGGUCGCACACUUACUUUGGGCUGCCGCGCUGGGUCACCUUCCUGCAGGACUACCACAUCAUUCUGCCCCGCAAACACCACCGGGUGCACCACGUGUCGCCCCACGAGACCUACUUCUGCAUCACCACAGGCGUGACAGUUCCUCGUAACUUCCGGCUGCUGGACGAGCUGGAGGAAGGGCAGAAAGGAGUGGGAGAUGGAACGGUCAGCUGGGGACUGGAGGAUGACGAGGACAUGAGCCUUACACGCUGGAGAGGAAUGAUCAUUGGCCCCCCCAGGACAAUCUAUGAAAACCGGAUGUACAGCCUGAAGGUGGAGUGUGGGCCCAGAUACCCAGAGACAGCCCCCUUUGUCCGAUUUGUGACCAAGAUCAACUUGAAUGGUGUGCACAACUCCAAUGGCGUGGUGGACACACGGGUGGUUUCUACGCUGGGCAAGUGGCAGAAUUCAUACAGCAUCCGCGUGGUCCUGCAGGAGCUCCGGCGGCUGAUGAUGUGCAAGGAGAACAUGAAGCUACCCCAGCCCCCAGAGGGACAGAUCUACAGCAACUGAUCUCCUCCUCUUAUUCCUCCUGUUCCUUCUUCCUCUUCUCCUUCUUUAAUUUGUUCAUCCUUCCUUCAUCCUUUCCCUCCUUCCCACCUCUCAACUGCAAACAAGCACGCGCACACACACAUAUACACACACACACACAAGCAUACGCACGUGUACACAUGCAUACACACACAUACACAGGUAUAUACACACACAUACACGCAUACACACGUAGACUGAAAGUGCUUAUCUGCAAGACUGAAAAACCAUACCCCUGCACUUCAACCACCGCUCCCCCAACCCUCUCUACUCCCCGCCUUCAGCCUCUUGGCUCCGCCCUCUGUAUUUGUGGAUUUCUCGCUGGACAGAAAAGAUGGCCGACAAGAGUGCGCAGCGCAGACCAUGCCGAACCAGACCAUUCAAAUACUGUACAUCUUAUUAUGAUUAUUAUUAUAAAUGCAUAUUGUACAAUAACAUAAAUAAUCUUACUGAGUGUAUUAGUGGUUGUGUUGCGUUCUUCAGUGGGAGGAGAUUUGUGUAGCUGUACAGGAUGAAAUGAGGAGGGACUCCUGGCUGCUCCUGAAGUAAAUAGUGACACAUGUUGAUCUUGUCCAGCAUUGAAUGUCAGUUGAGUUGUCAGUUACCUUUUUAAUCGCUGUCUGGUCUACAAUUCAGAGCCUGAGCUUUUGUCCCGUGGAUCCUGGAUUUGCGCUUCACGCCAAACACCUCUAAGUCAGCGUCACAGAUCACAACUCUGAGCUAGAGUGCUGACAGACACCCCAAAUGUUCUGUUUUUUUGGGGGGAGGGUUCGGGGAUUAGCCGUUAUGUAUGAGGACAGGUCAGAGGGCCUGUGGCGUUACACUCCUUAGUUGCUCCGUAAAAAGUUUCGGACAAAAUUUGAUCGGGCUAUCCCAUGGUUCCAUGCUCCACAGUUGUUAGGCUACAUCCUUUUAUCAGAUCUGUUUUGGAAAUUGUGUGCCAUAAGGCCCUUCUGCUCAUUAUGGAAAACAGCUAAUGGGAAAUGCUUGUUUUGUUGUUUUUCUUCUUUUCUUUUUUUUUUUUCUUGUUCCGUCCAGUACAUUUUUGUGUUUUAUUUCAAUUUUCAUUUCCCGGUUUCGGCCGACCAUGAAGAGCGUUUGAUGUUUGGCCCGGAGCCCACUCGGCCCACAGUUGGUGAUGGUUACGGUGACAGAUGAAUGUUCCAGGAAGAAGCGACUGUCCCCUACCUAUCUCACCAAAACUUUCAGUCAGCUUAAAAGUGGGUGGUGAAGUCAUCACGUGUAAUGAGCGUUUGUUUGUAGAGACAGUAAAUAGUUCUUUAAAAAUUUUGUUGAUGAACUUGUAUUGGGAAAAUACAGUCUUCAAUAUUAGGACAUUAAUAAAUGCCACUUUGGAAUAACA